CCAGGAUGGUGUCUCUUCAGUGGUGUCUGCUGUGGCUGCUGUUUCCGCUGAGCUCCAGGACCCAGAAGUUCCCCACCCGAGAUGAGGAACUCUUUCAGAUGCAGAUUCGGGACAAGGCAUUUUUUCAUGACUCGGCGGUGAUUCCAGAUGGAGCUGAAAUUAGCAGUUAUCUCUUCAGAGACACACCGAAAAGGUACUUCUUUGCGGUGGAGGAGGACAACACCCCGCUGUCAGUAACGGUGACCCCCUGCGAUGCGCCUCUGGAGUGGAAGCUGAGCCUGCAGGAGCUGCCGGAGGGGGCGAGCGGGGAGGGCUCAGGUGAGCCCGAGCCCCUGGAGCAGCAGAGGCAGCAGAUGAACAACGAGGCUGGCGCCGAGCUGUUCUCCUACCGAGGCAACGACGUGGAGUCCUUCGUGUCUCCCGGCUCUCCGUCCGGUCUGUACCAUCUGGAACUUCUGUCCACCGAGAAGGACACGCACUUCAAAGUGUACGCCACCACCACGCCCGAGUCUGACCAGCCCUACCCGGAGUUACCCUACGACCCGAGAGUGGACGUCACCUCGCUGGGGCGCACCACAGUGACGCUGGCCUGGAAGCCGAGCCCCACCGCCUCCGUGCUGCGACAGCCCACCCAGUACUGCGUGGUCAUCAACAGGGAGCACAACUUCAAGAGCCUGUGCGCGGCGGAGGCCAAGCUGGGCGCGGACGACGCGUUCAUGACGGCGCCCAAGCCCGGGCUGGACUUCAGCCCCUUUGACUUCGCGCACUUCGGGUUUCCCGCCCCCGGCGCGGGCCAGGAGCGCAGCGUCCUGUCCAAGCCGCCGCCGCCAAAGCCCGGGCGCCACGCCGCCCCGCGGCCCAGGGCGGACAUCCAGAAGGUGUGCAUCGGCAACAAGAACAUCUUCACGGUGUCGGACCUGAAGCCCGGCACGCAGUACUACUUCGACGUGUUCGUGGCCAACAGCCGGAGCAACACGAGCACGGCGUACGUGGGCACCUUCGCCAGGACCCAGGAGGACGCGGGGCAGAAGACGGCGGAGCUCAAGGACGGCAGAGUGGCCGACGUGUUCGUGAAGAGGAAGGGCACCAAGUUCCUGCGCUUCGCCCCCGUGUCCUCGCACCAGAAAGUCACCUUCUUCAUCCACUCGUGUCUGGACGCCGUGCAGAUCCAGGUGCGCAGGGACGGGAAGCUGAUUCUGGCCCAGAACGUGGAAGGCGUUCGGCAGCUGCAGCUCCGGGGGAAGCCCAAAGCCAAGUACCUCGUCCGACUGAAGGGGAGCAGGAGAGGCGCGUCCCUGCUGAAGAUCCUGGCCACCACGCGGCCCAGCAAGCACUCCUUCCCCACCCUGCCCGAGGACACCAGGAUCAAAGCCUUCGACAAGCUGCGCACCUGCUCCUCGGCCACCGUGGCCUGGCUGGGCACCCAGGAGAGGAACAAGUUCUGCAUCUACAAGAAGGAGGUGGAUGACACCUACGACGAAGACCGGAAGAAGCGAGAGCAGAACCAGUGCCUGGGACCCGACACCAGGAAGAAGUCGGAAAAGGUGCUCUGUAAGUAUUUCCACAGUCAAAACCCGCAGAAAGCGGUGACCGCAGAAACAAUUAAAGGUCUUCUGCCCGGAAGGGCUUACCUGCUGGACGUGUAUGUCAUAGGACACGGGGGCCACUCUGUGAAGUAUCAGAGUAAGGUCGUGAAAACCAGGAAGGUCUGUUAGUUGCCUGCCAGAGAGAUGGCUCGGGUCGGACUCUGGGACAGUGGACGUCACCUCCCUGGGGCCACCUGCACUCACACUGUGGGAGGAAAGUGUCAUCUCGUGUCUGCGGAUGUUGAUGUGAGUCAUCGCUGGAGGGCGCUUGUUCCGAUGCGCCCAGUGGUACCUGCUGUGCGUCUGACGUCCGCCGAUGUCAAAGACAGAGGCCGUUUCGAAGGACCUGCCAUCCUUGCUUUGACCACUGCAUGAACUGCUUCUAAAUUAUUUUAUUACCUGAAAAUUUAAACUAUGCCAUUCAUUGCACACAUCUCCAAAAUACAAACCAUUUCCUC